AUGUUAAGAUCGUAGGAAAUGUCAUUGUAUCAACUCAUCAUGCCUCGGGAAAGUGCCUGGGCUGUCAUGGAUCAAUUGGGGUACAUGGGAAAAGUGGAAAUCAUAGAUCAUGACCCCUCCAUUCCCCUAAUUGCCAGACCAUUUGCAAACUAUAUAAAAAGAUGCGAUGAUUUACUCAACAAACUCAAUCUCCUCAUAGAAACAGCAUAGAAAUUGACCAUCCUCAAACAGUUUCAAAUCUCUGCCAAAACUAGCAAUAAGAUGUGUCCAAAAAUACACACCCAUCAAUAUUUGGAUACAUUGGAAGAUCAAAUCAAUUCCAAAGUCAAUUCGUUCUUAGAGCUCAAUAGAAAUCAUGAACAAUUGCUUGAAUAAGAGAACAUAAUUAUCGAUUAAUUGGACAUUUUACAAGAAUGCAGAAUAUACUUAGGAGAUGACUUUUUUGUUUCCAGAGAUUCCAAAAUCGACUACUUUAUAGGCACCUUGAAAUAGGAUGAAAUCUAUCAAUUUUAAAGGAUGGUAUUCAGAGUAUCAAAAGGAAAUGCAUUCGUCCAUAUCAAAUUAUAAAAUUCAAAAGCCAUCUACAUAGUAAUGUUUCCAGAUCAAGGGAUGAUGUUGAAGAAGAAACUCCAAAAGGUUCAAGAAUCCAUGUCUCUCAACAAAUUCAGUCUCCCGCUCAAUCUCAAAGAAUUUGAUAAAAUUUCAAAUGAGUUAACUGCCAAACUCAAAGAAAUCAAAUAACUUAUAGAAUUAACGAACAUACAAUUAAAUUCAUUUAUUCAAGAAUUACUCAAACAAACCGAAGGAGUCAGACUCAUAGAUCACUAUAAUAUGUAUAUAUCUAAGGAGAAAGAACUCUACAUUUAAUUGAACAAAUUGAAAAUGCAAGGUAAUCUCUUUCUUGGCGAAUUGUGGAUUCCCAAAAAGGACAGUGCCCAAUUGAAUGAAGUUCUUCUGAUUGUCAAAGAGAGGAAUAGAGACAUUCCAGGUUGUUAGAUCUCCCAAAAGGUGCCUCAUACAACACCCCCCACUUAUUUUGUAUUAAAUGAAUUCACUUAAGUGUUCUAACAAAUAGUGAAUACAUAUGGAAUUGCUAGAUAUCGAGAAAUCAACCCUGCUCUAUUUACUAUCAUAACCUUCCCCUUCUUAUUUGGAAUUAUGUUUGGUGACAUUGGUCAUGGCUUUUGUUUACUAACAUUUGGGAUUUAUAAUAUCUUCUAUAAAUUUGAACCCUUCCAUGAGUUUCGAUACUUGAUUCUAUUGAUGGGAUUUUUCAGUUUUUACAGUGGUUGGAUCUACAAUGAUUUCGUGAGUUUAUCCUUAAAUCUCUUUGGAUCCUGCUAUGUAGUUGAUGGAUAAAUGACUCCGAAUAAACCAAAGGAUUGCACUUAUCCAUUUGGAUUAGACCCAGCCUGGGGAGAUAACUUAGAAUUCGAUGACUCUUUUAAAAUGAAAUUAAGCGUUAUCAUCGCUUAUUUUCACAUGUGUUUAGGUAUUUGUUUAUCAGGAUGUAACUUCAUAAAUAAAAAGGAUACUUAUGGGUUUUGUUGUAAGUUCUUGCCUCAGAUUCUCUUUCUCACUGCAACAAUUGGGUACAUGGACUUCUUGAUAAUAUUUAAAUGGGUGAAGUCAUUCAGCCCAGAGGAUGCUCCAAGUAUCAUAAAUACAAUGAUCACAAUGGUUCUAUCUUUUGGAUCAGUAGAGGGGCCAUCGAUGUGGAGUGUCAAUUCCUAAGAAUUAAUAUAGUCGAUAUUAAUUAUUAUAGCAGUUGUCAGCAUCCCUUGGAUGUGGUUUUCGCAUAUAAUCAAAGGUUAUCAAGUGUUUUAGAGAAAGAACAAUGUAAAGAUAAAAAAUAGCACCUCCUCAAUAGAAGGAUCCCAAGUGAUUGAAUUACAACUGUAAACUAUUUAAGAUGAAACUCAACAGGAGAAGUCAUUGUUGUAAACCCAUGAUCACAAUGAUUUGAGUCCAGAUGAAGAAUUCACUGAACUGAUAGUUCAUGAAACAAUAGAAACAAUUGAGUUUGUUCUGGGAGUGAUAUCUAAUACAGCUAGUUAUUUGAGAUUGUGGGCAUUGAGUUUAGCACAUUCUUAGUUGGCUGAUGUGUUCUAUUCAUUGAUUUUGUCAAGUCCGAUGACUGAGGGAAGCAUAAUAGGGGCAUUGUUAAGGUAUCCGAUUUGGGCUUUGGUGAGUUUUGGAGUGUUGAUGUGUAUGGAUACGAUGGAGUGUUUUUUGCAUUCUCUAAGAUUACAUUGGGUGGAAUUUCAGAACAAGUUUUAUAAGGGAGAUGGAGUGGAAUUUCAUGUGUACUCGUUAUGA